CAAGCCGUGCGCUCGAAGAAAGAAAACUGCGGCCGCCGCGCGAGCCCUCAAGGAGCCAACCCACAGUUGUCUCGAGUCUCACAGCUCGCAAGCAGAUCGGACCGAAGCAAUGGAGCGGCUGCAGCGGAUCUUCGGCGCCUCCGGGAUGGGGCAGCCGCCGACGGACUCGCCGCUGCUCGACUCCUCCGAGCAGGUCUACAUCUCCUCCCUCGCCCUCCUCAAGAUGCUCAAGCACGGAAGGGCGGGCGUGCCUAUGGAGGUCAUGGGCCUCAUGCUGGGCGAGUUCGUCGACGACUACACGGUCAGGGUCGUCGACGUCUUCGCCAUGCCGCAGAGCGGGACAGGGGUCAGCGUCGAGGCCGUCGACCACGUCUUCCAGACCAACAUGCUUGACAUGCUCAAGCAGACCGGCAGACCAGAAAUGGUGGUAGGCUGGUACCACUCCCAUCCUGGCUUUGGUUGCUGGCUAUCAGGAGUUGACAUCAAUACUCAACAGAGUUUUGAAGCUUUGAACCCCAGGGCAGUUGCUGUUGUGAUAGACCCCAUCCAGAGUGUCAAGGGGAAGGUGGUCAUUGAUGCAUUUCGCCUCAUUAACCCUCAGACCAUGAUGCUUGGCCAGGAGCCGAGGCAGACAACAUCAAAUGUUGGGCACCUAAAUAAGCCAUCUAUUCAGGCUCUUAUUCAUGGCCUCAACAGACACUACUACUCCAUUGCAAUCAAUUACCGGAAGAAUGAACUUGAAGAGAAAAUGUUACUGAACUUGCACAAAAAGAAAUGGACUGAUGGAUUAAUUUUGAAGAGGUUUGAUACUCAUUCAAAAACCAACGAGCAGACUGUUCAGGAAAUGCUGAACCUAGCCAUCAAGUACAACAAGGCGGUGCAAGAGGAGGAUGAGCUUCCACCUGAGAAACUGGCGAUAGCAAAUGUGGGUCGGCAAGAUGCAAAGAAGCAUUUGGAAGAGCAUGUGUCGAAUUUGAUGUCUUCAAACAUAGUUCAGACCCUUGGGACCAUGCUGGACACGGUUGUUUUUUAGCCUGCUACUACUAGUGUUCCAACUAUCUACUCAUACCUACUAUAUUGUGAUGUUUAUCGAAGCCUGCCGUAUGCAAUUAACUCUGUACGCCAGGUACUUGUGCCGAGGUUUGGCUCAAUGAAUGUAUCCGUCUUUAGCUCUA